GCGGGGGGGAGGGGAGAGAGAAGCGAGUCGGGAACUUUAGGGCAUCGCAGUGCGACGUCCGUGCAAGAAUCCGUCUCGGAUCUCACACCCCCCACCCCCCCGACCUGAAGCCAUGGUGCUACAUGCGGGGUUCAAGGGAGCGGGCCAGGUGGAGGGGCUGCAGGUGUGGAGGGUGGAGAAGCUGAGUCCUGUGGCCGUGGCACCCAACCAGUACGGCAACUUCUUCACGGGGGAUGCCUACGUGGUGCUCAAGACGUUCGCCUUUGGCCCUGCGGUCAAACGAUACGAGCUGCACUUCUGGCUCGGUAGCGAGUGCUCUCAGGACGAGUCCGGCGCGGCGGCAGUUCUCACCGUGCAGCUGGACGACUCCCUGGGGGGGCGGCCCGUGCAGUACCGCGAGGUGCAGGGACACGAGUCCAAUUCGUUCCUCUCCUACUUCAAGGGCGGCAUCAAGUACAAGGCGGGCGGCGUGGCCUCGGGCUUCCGCCACGUGGAGCCCAACGUGGCGGACGUGAAGCGGCUGCUGCACGUGAAGGGGCGACGCACGGUGCGUGCCACCGAGGUGCCGCUUUCCUGGAAGAGCUUCAACCAGGGGGACUGCUUCAUCGUCGACCUGGGGGCGAACAUCUACCAGUGGUGCGGCUCGGGCUGCAACCGCUACGAGCGCGUCAAGGCGUCCGAGGUGGCGCGCGGCGUGCGGGACCACGAGCGGGGCGGGCGGGCGACGGUGCACGUGGUGGAGGAGGGCGAGGAGACCGCACAGCUGCUUAACGUGCUGGGCCCCAAGCCUGAACUUCCACCCGGGACCCCUGAUGAUGUGGAAAUGGAUAUCUCGAACCGGAAUUCAGCCAAGCUCUACAAGAUCUCCGACGAGAGCGGCCGCAUGGAGGUGAAGGAGGUGGCGAGCGCGAGUCCCUUCCAGCAGUCACUGCUCGACUCGGCAGACUGCUUCCUGCUCGACAACGGCUCCGCGGGGCAGAUCUUCGUGUGGAAGGGCAAGAGAGCCAACUCGAACGAGAGGCAGAAAGCGAUGAUGACCGCUGAGGAGUUCAUCAAGAAGAUGAGCUACUCGCCCAGCACCAAGGUGUCAGUGCUGCCCGAGGAAGGGGAGACGGCGCUCUUCAAGCAGUUCUUCCUGAGCUGGAGGAGUAAGGACGACGUCGUGACGCCCGGCAAGACGUACAACGUGGGUAGCGUCGCCCAUGUCCAGCAGGUGCCCUUCAACGCCUCCACCCUGCACUCCAGCCCGGCCAUGGCCGCGCAGCACGGCAUGGUGGAUGACGGCAAGGGAGAGGUUCAGGUGUGGCGCGUGGAGAGCUGUGGCCGCGUGAGUGUGGACCGCACCAGCUACGGGCAGUUCUUCGGCGGCGACUCGUACAUCAUCCUCUACACGUGGUGCAGGGGACAGAUCCUCUACACCUGGCAGGGCAGCAAGUCGAGCAAGGACGAGAUCACGCACUCCGCCUUCCUGUCCGUGCAGCUCGACAAGGAGCUGGGGGGACGGCCCAUGCAGGUGCGCGUGGUUCAGGGCUCUGAGCCCCCGCACCUGCUGUGCCUGUUCGGGGGCAAGCCCCUGGUGGUGCACGCAGGGGGCACCUCCCGCCAUGGGGGGCAGAGCCCCCAGGCCCCCACGCGACUCUACCAGGUGCGCAGCUCCUCAGCAGGCGCCACCAGAGCCGUCGAGGUCCCCCUGAGCGCCGCGUCCCUCAACUCGAACGACGCCUUCGUGCUGCUGUCCCCCAAGAAGACGUUCAUCUGGGAGGGGAAGGGUGCCGAGCGCAGCGAGCUGGACGGGGCAGCCUACGUGGCCCAGCUGCUGGGACGCCGGACGCACGCCGACCUGGCCGAGGGGGACGAGCCAGAUGAGUUCUGGUCACUGCUGGGUGGCAAGAAGGACUACCAGAGCUCGCCGAGACUCAGCACCAACUACAACGACCACCCGCCCCGCCUCUUCGCCUGCUCCAACAAGACCGGCCGCUUCCAGGUGGAGGAGGUGGCGGGAGACUUCACUCAGGAAGACCUGGCCACCGAUGAUGUCAUGCUCUUAGACGUAUGGGACCAGGUGUCGCCGCGGCACAAGUGGCGGCUGCGCCUGGGGGUCCAACAGCCGACUUUGUACAUGAAGCAGCCCCUGUUCCAGUCCGCUACUACGUCUCAGAAGAUGACUCACUGA